AUGGACCUCCGAGUCGUCCAGGUCCUUCUUCUCAUCUUUUCAUUCGUCUUGGCUCUGUUCCUCCUCAUAGCCUCGUCCAAAUAUGCGGCUUGGGCGAAAGUCAUGACAGCAGCGACAGGGAGUUGGCUGUCGCUAGUCUUCUAUGUCGGUGCCAUCCCGCUGAUGUCUCUCGUCUAUGCCACCGCGCAUCUCGCAGCAUUACAGUUCAACGGCCUCCCAACCCCACCGUACCUGAAGAAGAACAAGAACAACACUCCGAGCCCAGCCCCUGCACACGAAGCACCAUACGACCCCAACUACGGCGUGAGCAGCACGAUGUUCAUUCUGGGUGUGUCGGUCCUCCAUUUCCUAGCCUGGCUCGCCCAAUCCAUUCUCUGCACAUCUUGCGAAUUGGCGCCCAUUCUGGCGGGCACACAGGGCCGGGUUCCUCGAUGGUGUCCUCAAUCGCGGUUCAAGGACAUCGGCACACCAGGACUUGCGAACAUGCUGGGCACGCUGGCGACGGUCAAGGAUGUCUUGGAAUGGGGCAUGGUCCUUCUGACGAUCUUGCUGAUCGAAUGUGCCCGGCGCGAGUAUAUGCGCGCAGUGCAGGUACAGCACGAAGCAUUCCUGGGCGCGGGUGCUGGCGUGGACUUUGGCGGGCGAAGUCGAGGGUUCGAUGGGGCGGACUCGAAAAAGCCUGGCGUGGCGGUUGAAUUGAGCGCGGUUGAGAUGAGUGGACCAAAGCCGGUCACCUCGGACGGGCAGGAUCAGGGACAGGGACAGGAGCAGGGACAAGCCGACGCCCAAAUGCUACAGUCUCGCCGUGACGAACUUGAACACAGAGGUAUGCAGAAGGUUAUGCCACAUGUACAGGAGCGGGAGAACAAGUGGUUGCGACUCCAACAGCCGGAACAACCGUUUUUGUCGCAACAAACAUGGAGCCGAGCUCCGAUACAACCCCAAAUUCAAGAUUGGAGUGAUGGAAAGGACAACGGCACCACCAGCACAGGCUUGCAGAGAAACGGCACGCUGAAUCACAUGUACGAAUCGAGGGUCUAG